AUGGAAGCUGAAGAGGAAGGGGCAAAAAAACUGUCAGAAGUGAAUUUCAAAAACUUACCUCUCAACUACCAUAAUGAGUCCAACACAGAAACCAGAAUUGGUAAUAAAACUGUUCAGACUCAUCAAGAAGUUGAUAAGGUUACAGAUAACAAAACUGGAUCAACAGUUUUUUCUGAGACAGUUAUUACUUCUAUAGAAGAUGGAGAAAAUAAAAGAAAUCAUGAGUGUAUCAUUGAUGAAGACUGUGAAACAGGGAAAUAUUGCCAGUUCUCCACCUUUGAAUACAAGUGUCAGCUCUGUAAACCCCAGCAUACACGUUGCUCCCGGGAUGUUGAAUGCUGUGGGGACCAGCUUUGCGUUUGGGGUGAGUGCAGGAAAUCCACUUCAAAGGGAGAGAACGGCACCAUUUGUGAGAACCAACAUGACUGCAACCCUGGAACAUGCUGUGCUUUUCAGAAAGAACUCCUGUUUCCUGUGUGCACACCAUUACCUGAAGAAGGUGAACCCUGCCAUGACCCUUCAAACAGGCUUCUCAACCUGAUCACCUGGGAACUGGAACCCGAUGGAGUGCUGGAGCGAUGCCCAUGUGCAAGUGGCUUGAUCUGCCAACCUCAGAGCCACAGCACUACAUCUGUGUGUCAACUGUCUGCCAAUGAAACCAGGAAUAAUGAGAAAGAAGAUCCCUUAGUCAUGGAUGAGAUGCCAUUUCUCAGCUUGAUACCCAGAGAUAUUCUUUCUGAUUACGAAGAAAGCAGCGUCAUUCAGGAAGUGCGUAAAGAAUUAGAAAGCCUGGAGGACCAAGCAGGUUUGAAGCCUGAGCCUGACUCAGCUCAUGACCCAGCUUUAGGAGAUGAAAUUUAAAUCCAAACACCAGACAGUUUAGUUUGUUAUUUCCAGGAAUUUUUGUCUAGUGUCUCGCUUACGUAAACCCUGAACACAUACUGCUGGAUAGAAGUGCAAUAAAUAAGGUCUUGAAUGAGCAUUCGUUUCUGUGCACCAGACCUGCAUGUUCCAAUUCCUGU